AUGCCAUUCGAAAUCUUAGUUCCUUCUGAGAGAGAGGCCCCUAGUGUCACCGACACCUUUUUUGCCGCCAUGGACAUCAACCUGCUGAUGCACGCACAAUUUCCCAACCCUGAGAGCAAGGAGUUUUUCCGAGGCUGGCUUUUCAGAGAUACUAUGGAUCAUGUCCAAAGCGUCGACAAGGGUGUUCUGGUUGCACGCGACCCAGAGACCGGGAAAAUAGCGAGUUUCGCUAAGUGGAACGUUCAGCGGCAACAGCGGUCGCGAGAGACACAAGAAGAAGAAGAAGAAGAAGAAGAAGAAGCCGAUGAUGAUGAGUUUCCAGACUUCUGCCGUCGUCAAUAUCUUGGCCCCUACGCGGAUCUUACUAAGAGUAAGAGAGACAAGGUCCUGGGUGACAAGACUUAUUACCACGUGACAUAUCUAUGCACAGAUCCCAAGUUCAAUGGCCGAGGGGCUGCGUCAACUUUGCUUCGUCGAGUGCAGGCUGAGGCCUCCAAAGAGAAUGCACCAGUUAUUCUCGAGGCUACCAUGAAUGCGGUCUCGUUUUAUCAAAAACUAGGUUUCCAGAUUCAAGAGGAGCUAAACAUGAUGCUCCCAGCUCGUGGCUCAGAUGAACCAACUGAAUACUACGAAGAGAGAGUCAUGGUUUGGACACGAGACUGA